AUGUUGAAGGAAAUCCAUGAUUUAUUUAAAGAUUAUGAAAUCAAGUAUUGCUAUGUGGACAGAAAUAAAAGAACAGCAUUCGUUACUCUGUUAAAUGGAGAGCAGGCUCAAAACGCAAUUCGGAAAUUUCACCAGUAUUCGCUUCGGGGGAAAGAAAUAUCUGUGCAACUCCAACCAACAGAUGCUUUGCUCUGUGUUACUAAUUUGCCCACGUCAUUUACUUUGGAAGAGUUUGAAGAACUCGUGCGCGCGUAUGGCAACGUCGAGAGGUGUUUUUUGGUCUAUAACGAAGUUACUGGCCAUUCCAAGGGCUAUGGCUUCGUGGAAUAUAUGAAGAAGGACUCUGCUGCAAAGGCGAGACUGGAACUUCUGGGGAAACAGUUAGAGGAGAGCACUCUGUUUGCACAGUGGAUGGAUGUGAACCAGCUCACGACAAAUCUUAUUCACUCCAAGUGCCUUUGUGUAGAUAAACUUCAGAAAGACUCUGCUGAUUCAAAAGAACUGAUCCAAGCUUUCUCACUAAAGUAUAAACCUGUUUUCUGCCAGUUCGCUCAGGAUGAAGACAGCUGCAUCGGUGACUUCGCGGUGGUCGAGUACGAAACGGCCGAGCAGGCUGAGGAAGUACAAGAGCUCGCCGAUGGCAUGACCAUCAAAGGCAAGAGAGUCCAGGUGUCCUACUGUGCUCCGGGAGCACCAGGCAGAAGCACGUUGGCAGCGCUUAUCGCAGCUCAAAGGAUGAUGAGGAACAAUAGGAAAGGCUUGCUUCCAGAGCCAAAUCCAGUGCAGAUUAUGAAAAGUUUUAAUAAUCCAGCGAUGUUGCAAAUGCUACUGCAGCCCCAGAUGCGUGGACACGCUGUUAAGCCUGUUCUGGGAGCAUCCGCAGGUUUACCUCACCUGAUAAAUUCAGCAGUUGGCCCACCUUUUUUGCAGCUGAACAAAAUUCACCAGAGUUCAGUUCUGGGGAGUACAUCUAACUUACUGCUGCAGAGCCCCGCUCACCUCCCACUGCCCCAGCAGCAACUGAUGAAGAUGGAAAACCUUCAGGCUAAUAGUAAACCGGGUUUGCUGGGAGAUCCUCCAACAAUGCUACUUCAGACAGUUCUGGGAAUAGGGGUAAUGCCAGCAGUGAGUUCAGGCAUGGGAGCCCGUGGAGAAGCUCUUAAGUCAUCUAAUCUGACUCCAAUUCAAACAGCGGCAGCGGCAGCGGCAGGGAUGGGCAUGCUGCCAUUCUUUCCGAAUCAGCACAUUGUUGGACAAGCUAUACCAGGGCAAAAUAACGCUCCAGAUAAACAAUCGCCUACCGAAGCGGUCGUCUCGGGAUCGCAGCCUUAUCAUCACACCUUAACAAAUCUUUCUGCGGGAGCUUUGCAUGCUGGACAUGCCAAACAACAAAAUCAACUAAAAAGCACUGAUCCAAGUUUGGGGACUCCUUUGAAAAAACAGACUUCGUUGUUAGGAGAACCACCAAAAGAAAUACGUCUUAGUACCAACCCCUACUUGAAUUUGGCAAGUGUGUUGCCUGGCAUCUGUCUUCCUGCAAUUGCCAGCAAAGCCUCUAGUCCACCGCAGCAGACAGGACUUCCGAACAACAUCGUGGAUGCUGCUGUGUCUCAGGGAACUCUAUCACAACACACGGUGGAAAAUUACUUUAAUUACUCACAACAGCAUGGGGACUACACACAGGCGGCUCCGAUGAGAAGCGAGAAGCGAGGCUCUUCGUAUCUCAUUCCUUCCCCGGAACCUGGCCCCCUGGAGUACCUCGGCCAGCAGACUCAGGGCUCCGCAGUACGUUACGCAGAAUCCUCGCUUAAAAAAAAGCGUGUUUAUUGA